CUCAGCUGUUAACCACGGAAGAGUCUGUCUGUGAGGAUAUUCCUGUGCACAGAGGUGUCCCUGUUCCCUUACGAUGCACAUACAUCACCCUGGGAAUCGCUGAAGCUGUUCUGUGCAGGAGGCACUGCUGAGAUUUCCCCUUGCAGCAAUGGACUUGGACAAACAAUCCGUGUGGGGAUCCCUGAAGCAGAAGACGCGGCCGUUCCUGCGAAACCUGAGCGUGAGGAGGACGAAGAAGAGGUCAGGCAAGAUGCUGGAGAGGAAGGGCCGCUCCUUGGACCGCUGUCUCAGCGUGUCCGUGCCUGACAUGCUGGAGGUGGACACUCUCAUGGAAGAAGAGGAGGAAGAAGAAAUUACUUACUCCAACGCUCAGGUGUUGUCGAGCUGCUCCCCCAAGAGCUUUUCCAGGUCUGUGGUGUCCCUGAAGAGCAGAAACGCUUCGGUGAAGGCGGCGGGAGAGGACUGGCUGUGGGCAUCACAGCAGAGGACGCGGACGGAGGUGACAGUCACCCCCCCAGACAUGCAGGAUGUGGGCAAUCACCUGCUGUCCUCACGAGGAGCUGAGGCUGUGGGCAGCCCCGUGUCCGAGGGGAAGAAGAGGAGAUCCAGCGAGGACCUCUUUGAGCUGCUGCAGAGCUCCCGGCUGAGCGCCGCGCUGAGUGACGAGGGGACAGAGUACCCAUCUGGAGAAAUGGAUUUUGACUCUUCCCUAUCAUCUCAAAACUUUGAUGACCAAAUGGCUCUGGAGGAAGCCAGCGACUGCCUGAGUGAGCUGCCCAGCCCCUUUGCCUACCUGCUGACCAUCCACCUGAAGGAAGGCAGGAACCUGGUUAUCAGGGAUCGUUGUGGUACAAGUGACCCGUACGUGAAGUUUAAACUGAAUGGCAAAACUCUUUACAAAAGUAAGGUAGUCUACAAGAACCUCAACCCAGUUUGGGAUGAAACUGUUGUGCUGCCCAUACAGACCCUCGAUCAAAACCUCUGGAUCAAGGUGUACGAUCGUGAUUUAACCUCUUCAGACUUCAUGGGUUCGGCAUCUGUGGCGCUCACUGAACUUGAACUCAAUAGAACUACUGAACAGGUUUUAAAACUGGAAGAUCCCAACAGUUUAGAAGAUGACAUGGGAGUGAUUGUAUUAAACUUGAGUCUAGCAGUCAAGCAAGGAGACUUCAAGAGAAAUAGAUGGUCAAGUCGAAAGAAAAGAACUUCAUCCAAGUCAAGUUUCACGCGGAACCUGCGGCUCUCGGAGUCGCUGCGCAAGAACCAGCUGUGGAACGGGCUGGUCACCAUCACCCUCUUGGAGGGCAAGAACAUGCCCAGAGGAGGCUUGGCAGAGAUUUUUAUUCUCCUCAAACUGGGGGAUCAAAGAUACAAGAGCAAGACACUGUGUAAGAGUGCAAAUCCUCAGUGGAGGGAACAGUUUGAUUUUCACUACUUCUCUGACAGGAAGGAUAUGUUGGACAUUGAGGUGUGGAGAAAGGAUAACAAAAAGCACGAGGAGCUUUUGGGAAGGUGCCACGUUGACAUUACUGCCCUGCCAGCAAAGCAGACCAACUGCUUGGAGCUGCCUCUGGAGAAACACCCAGGGUCCCUGCUGAUGCUGAUUGCUGUUGCCCCUUGUACAGGAGUGUCCAUCUCUGAUCUGUGUGUCUGUCCUUUGGGAGACCCCAAUGAACGGCAGCAGAUUUCUCAGCGUUAUUGUAUAAAGAAUUCCUUUCGGGACAUGAAGGACAUUGGCUUCUUACAAGUCAAAGUUUUAAAGGCAGUGGACCUGAUGGCAGCAGAUUUUUCAGGCAAAAGUGAUCCUUUCUGUGUCUUGGAGCUGGGAAACGACAUGCUUCAAACACACACCGUUUACAAGAACCUCAACCCUGAGUGGAACAAAGUUUUCACAUUCCCUAUUAAGGAUAUUCAUGAUGUUCUGGAGGUGACAGUGUUUGAUGAAGAUGGAGACAAACCCCCUGAUUUCCUUGGAAAAGUUGCCAUCCCUUUGCUGUCUAUUAGAAACGGUAAACAAAGUUGUUACACACUGAAGAAUAAAGACUUGGAACGUGCUUCAAAAGGAGUAAUUUACUUGGAGUUGGAUGUCCUAUUUAAUCCUAUAAAAGCAAGUAUUAGAACAUUCAAGCCCCGAGAAAAGCGCUUUACUGAGGAGAACCGCAAAUUUUCUAAAAAGAUCUUAUCAAGAAAUGUUGAUCGCGUGAAAAAAAUCACCAUGGCAAUAUGGAAUACAAUACAAUUCCUUUGGAGCUGCUUUCUCUGGGAGUCCACGGUGAAGAGCCUGAUAGCAUUUGUGGUGUUUGUGGUCACCGUCUGGACCGUGGAGCUGUACAUGGUGCCCCUGGCCUUGCUGGUGCUCUUUGCAUACAACUUCUCCCUCGUCACAACAGGGAAGGUCAAUAAUGCCCAGGAUGCCCAGGAGCUUAUGGGCUUGUAUGAAGAAGAGGAUGAAGAUGAUAAGGAAUCUGAGAAAAAGGGGCUGAUUGAGAGAAUCCACAUGGUCCAAGAGAUCAUCAUAGCUGUCCAAAGCAUCCUGGAAGAAAUAGCAUCGUUCGGAGAGAGGAUUAAAAACACAUUCAACUGGACGGUGCCUUUCCUUUCUGUCCUGGCCUGCUUGGUCCUGGCAGCAGCAACAGUUAUUUUGUAUUUUAUACCACUGAGGUACAUUGUUUUAAUCUGGGGCAUAAAUAAAUUUACUAAGAAGCUUAGAAAUCCCUAUGCCAUCGACAAUAAUGAGCUACUAGAUUUCCUCUCCAGGGUACCAUCUGAUGUUCAAAAGGUGCAGCAGGCUGAAUUGAAACCAUCCAGCAGCUCCAGCCCCAUCAGGAAGAAGCGGAGCGCGCUCUAGGAUGCAGCGGGGUUUGGGAAUGCAGCGCCUCCCUCCCUGCACACACGUGCACACACUGCACACCCCUCCCCUCCCUCCUGCUGCAGAACAACACUAGAGACACUGCCACGGACUUUCCCUUUCUUGGAAGAUGUGGUUUUUUGAUAAACGCCUAUCUUGGGUUUCUUUUCUGGGUUGGCGUUUUGGCACGGAAUCCCAAAAAAAAGAGCAAGGUGAAACGUGAAUUAUUUCUUGGGAUGGGGAGGAGAAUGGAAGAGGAUGGUGCAACUGCACCUUUUAUAUUUCUUUUUUUUAUUUCCCCCUUUGAUUGCAGAGACAAGGCUGGAUGUGGCAGCACUCCCUGUGUUAUGUAGGAAGAGAUAAUUCUGCUUAGUGUAGCAGAUCAGCUGAGCUGAUGUGAGGAGAUGCUCUGAACCAGUUUUUAACAUAUCCAACAGAUUUACAUUAAGAUAUGAAAGCUAUUCUUUUCUGAGUUAAAUCACUGUGCCUAGAAAGGUUUAAGCUCUGAAUUAACGAGUCUUUGAUACCCAUCUUCUGUUCAAGCAGCGUACAUUUUAAAAAGUUUUUUAUCAUAAUUAGCAGAAAGAGCUAGGAGCUCCAACAGUAUCUCAAUAUUUCAUCCAGCACUUGUGGGUUUUCCUUUUUCCUUUUUUUUAAAUUCCGUUUUUUUUUUAAAGCCCAGCCUGUGGUUAACUCUUUGUACACUGGAAUCAUCGGAGAUCCAUUGCUGGCAAUGGAUGCAUGAAAACCUUAUGCCGUGAAAGGAUUAAGAGAAAAGGCUAACUCAGUGACCUGAAAAGACUCUGUUGGCUUGCCUUUUAUAAUUCCAUCUCAUCAGAUAUUUUCAGCAUAGCUGUUGUUUUCCUGUCGAAAUCCAGAGGGGUCAACACUACAGAUCCAAGAGGAACAGAAAAACCAACACUUCAUAGCCUUAAAGAAACAAGUGCUUGUGCAGAAAGAGAGCACAUGCCCAAAGAAGUGGUUGUGCAAUAGGGUGCAGGCUUUGGUCCACCACUGAUGUCUUCUUGCAGUCUUUCCUGGUGGUUCACAAGGAGAGGACCCAAAAGUGAAGUCAAGUGGAAACAGCAAUGGAAAGAUAGAAGAAAGGACCCCAUUUUGUGUUCUGUGGAGAAUGUGAUUUUUUGCUUGCUUACCAAUCUUUUAGCAAUUGUGCAUUUGCUUUAUGUAUUUCAGAAAAUGAGCAUUAGUCAGGUUGUUUGACUGGGGAAAUUAAAACACAGAAUCAUGUGUAAAACCUGCUUAAUUUUGCUGAUACUGCAGCCCUCGGUCCUUUAGGUGCUGUGGGACAUUUUGGGAGUGAUUUGUCACCACAAGUCAUUGGCAGCACGAGA